AGUAAUGCUCCACAACACAGCAUUCCAGACAGGGGACGGUGAGAGACACAUCAUUGUUCUUACUACUGCUCCUAAAUCUUUCAAAUCUCAAAUAUAAACCCGGUUCAGUUGUGACUUAAGUCAAAGAAUUGAAGAUUCUGUCACACAUGUUUGACCUGAUGCCACGUCUAACCUGCAAAGGAUGGACAAUGGCUGCCUUCAUUAUAAUCCUGCAAGUAAUCCAAUUUCUCUCUGGCUUUGGCUUCACUGAAUCUGUUGAGCCUCUGAAAUGCUUUAACGAUUAUGAUACCGAGCUAAAGUGCAGCUUGUUCGGGUAUGAAGCCAAAAGUUGUUCUGAAAACAAACUCAACGCUUCAUUGAUCAUGAAGAAUGAAAACAGGUCAUUCACAUGCCAUUUUGAUGAAAUCCCACCCGGCUCAUGUGAAUGCACAACUGAAGUGAAAGGGUUUGUGGUUAACGAGUUAUUCAUAUUGAACGUGAUGAAAGGAGACAAGAUUUGGUACACACAAAAUACCAAAACCCACGACUUCAUUAAGCCUAGAAGACCAAUCAUCAAGUCAGUCAUCCAGAAGCCAAAUGGAGACUUUUCAGUUACCUUGGACACCACCUACAAGAAUAAAGCUUUUUGUGACAGCCUGGCUGUGGAGCUCACAUACAGCAUUGAUGGAAGCAGCAAUAAGGAGACAAGGCUUUUGGGAGAAGGUCAGACUACACAUGAGAUUGUAGGCAGUAACCUUCAACCUAACUCUGUAUAUAGUUUGAGAGCGAGAAUGAAAUCAACCUACCCCCCUAAUAAGACAUUCAGCGACUACAGUGACCCAUAUGUGUUCAAAACACCACAAUCGUUAGUAAACAUGCUCAGGAUAAUAAUCCCCAUCUUGUGUGUCAUUCUGUUAAUUUGUGUAUCUUCAGUCUAUUUCUGGUUCAACAGAAUCUUUAAACCAUGGUGGGACAAGAUUCCUACUCCAAGAUUUUCUACAGAUUUUGUAAAACAGGUCCCAAAGUUGCUGUCAUUCCAAACUGACGUCUUGUCUGUCAGUCUCGAUCCAACAGCAAACCAAGUCACCAAGAAGACAUGUGUGGAAUCUUCUCAAGGCCGGGGUGAAGCUAGGCACUGUAGUGACAGUCUAGAGAAAGGUGUUGAUUCAGGAUCGCCAUCGCUGAUUUACUCCUCAUCCAGCUACAAGAGCAUGGACGAGAACAGCUUUGAAAAUAAAUUAACAUCCGUCAGCCACGAGUAUGAAAAUCAGCAAUUGAAUGAAUCCAGUUUCUUAAUCAGCAAUAGAUUGCAAAUUCAAUCAAAGUCCUUUUUUGAAAACCCAGUUCCAACAAUGCAUCUGGGGAAGAACUUCCUGGAGCCAUAUAAGAACCUGGGCCAAAAGAUACAGAUGGAUUUUGAGUACAGUGUGUUGAAUGGUUGUACAGACUCUGGAAACUCCAAACUGAGUCAGAUCAUGCCCCACAACAAGGACAUGCCUGUGGUUCUUGCGUACGAGUCCAUCAACCAUCAUGAUGCUUUUAGCUCUUGUAGCAAUCCAAGCUUAGAGGAGCCAUUAAGCACCAUGAAACCACAAACUCUUACAUCUUCCGUCCAUGAUAACAUCCUUAUUCCGAUGGAGGACGAGUAUCAGUUGCUUUGAAGCAUAGCCUGAAACGCUGGAGAAUGAAAGAGCUACAAAGUUUGAAUUAGAUUAGAACAUCUCUCAGGGAAGUAUCAUGGUAAAAUUAUCAUCUUGUUUUGCAUCUCUUUCUAAGCAUUCAAAUGUACUCUGGGUUUGAUGAGCGAAAGAGAGAGAGCACUCAGGGUAGAACUUCCUCGAAGUAUAUUUAUAGUCACCUGUCAAAGUCUUUGGUAUUUGAAUGAAGAUUUGCAGUAGUGAUACACUACGCAUUUGUAUUGCAUCCACUAUGAAGCCCAACAUCAUGAAGAUUGACAGCUACGAUAAAGUAGUUUUUUCAUCCCUCAUUGUAUCAUUACUCCAAGCUGAUGGAUAGUUUUUUGAAUUUAGCUUUUCUAUGCUGUUUAGAAACAAUCUGCCAUCUUUAGUAUGUAUUUAUGUUAAAGUUGUUCCAACCCCCAAAUUAAGCCUUUAACACAUGUUGGUCAGAUCUCAAAUCCAUGUGUCCGCUCACUACAGAAAGCUGCACUGACCAACAGGAAAUCUCUGACUCCAUAAAGCACGCUGAAAAUUCUAUGUGAAAUGUCUCUCAUAUCGUUGAAAUGGUUCUUACUUAAUAGACUUACUUUAGAGGGCUUAAACACUCAAAUGCACAUUAAUACGUACAUUUGUGAAAUAUUUUGAAUUGUUUUUGAACUGUGAAAUUCAUUCUGACACCAUUAUCGACAGUUGGUCAUUUAGUGCAAGGAUAGUGAAAUGUUACUAAGGUUAAAGAUAAAUGUUCUGUACCCCGCUGUAAAUGUGUAUUAUAUAAAGUCUUGUGGGUUUGAACAGUC